UACCUAAGAUUGUUUAUGGGAUCCGACUUGGAUUCAUUUUAUUAAAGCCAAUUAUUGGUAGAAAAAUAAAUCAAACAUUGAUAUGAUAAGUUACUUAAAAGUCUUCGAAGACUAACUAAACUCAUUCCCUCUCGUGCAGAGAAAACGGACGUCGUUGACUUUCUUCUUUUCCUCUUGAGUUUCUCUUCUCAAGAUCGUUCCUUCCAAAAAAAAAAACAAAAUUCUAAUGGCUAAUUCUUCCUCCUCUUCUUCUCGUAACUCGGGUUACGACGUUUUCACGAGCUUCAGUGGGGAAGAUGUCCGUGUAACUUUCCUCACCCACUUUUUCAAGGAGCUAGACCGGAAAAUGAUCAUUGCUUUCAAAGACAAUGAGAUUGAGAGAGGCCACUCAAUUGGUCCCAAGCUUAUAAAGGCGAUAAAGGAUUCGAGGAUCGCGGUGGUUGUGUUCUCCAAAAACUACUCUUCUUCCAGCUGGUGUUUGAAUGAGUUGUUAGAGAUUGUGAAAUGCCAGGAACAUAUGGAACAAAUUGUUAUACCAAUUUUCUACGAUUUGGAUCCUUCUGAUGUUAGGAAACAAGAGGGAGAAUUUGGAGAGUCUUUUAAGAAGACUUGCAAGAACAGAACAAAGGAUGAGAUACAACGUUGGCGUGAAGCGUUGACCAAUGUGGCAAAUAUUGCUGGAUAUCAUACUGGGAAACCGAAUGACGAAGCAAAAUUGAUUGAAGAAAUCGCGAAUAACGUUUUGGAUAAAUUGAUGAAGUUAACACCAUCCAAAGAUUUUGACGAAUUUUUUGGCAUCGAAGAGCAUAUCAAAGAACUGAGUGUAUUGUUGUGCUUGGAAUCUCAGGAAGUGAGGAUGGUUGGUAUAUGGGGUGCUACGGGAAUUGGCAAGACAACCAUUGCAAGAGCUUUAUUCAAUCGACUCUAUCGUCAUUUUCAAGGUAGAGUUUUUAUAGACCGAGCUUUCAUAUCUAAGAGUAUGGAUAUUUAUAGUAGAGCCAACCCGGACGACUAUAACUUGAAGUUGCAUUUGCAAGAAAAGUUUUUGUCUAAACUUUUAGACAAAAAAAACUUGGAGAUAAAUCACCUAGAUGCGGUGAAAGAGAGGCUGAAGAACAUGAAGGUUCUUCUCUUUAUUGAUGAUUUGGAUGAUCAAGUGGUGCUAGAAGCCUUGGCGUGUCAAACUCAGUGGUUUGGGGAUGGAAGUAGAAUCAUUGUGAUUACAAAAGAUAAGCAUCUCUUAAGGGCUUAUGGGAUUGAUAAUAUUUAUGAGGUUCUUCUCCCGUCAAAAGACCUUGCUAUUAAGAUGUUUUGUCGGUCUGCUUUUAGGCAAAACUCUCCACCUAAUGGUUUUAUAGAGCUUUCCUAUGAAGUUGUACAACGUGCAGGGAGUCUUCCUUUGGGUCUUAACAUUUUGGGCUCUUAUUUGCGGGGUAGGAAUAAGGAGAUUUGGAUGGAAAUGAUGCCGGGAUUUCGUAAUAAACUAGACGGGAAAAUUGAGAAAACACUUAGAGUCAGCUACGACGGGUUGGAUAGCAAAGACGAUCAGGCGAUAUUUCGUCAUAUCGCAUGUAUUUUUAACUUUGAGACAUGCAGUGACAUCAAGAAACUGCUUGCAGAUAGUGGCUUGAAUGUCACUAAUGGGCUUAUAAACCUUGUCGAUAAGUCCCUCAUACGUAUAAAACCAAAGCAGAAAACUGUGGAGAUGCAUUGUUUGUUACAAGAAACGGGUAGAGAAAUUGUUCGAGCACAGUCUGUUGAUGAUCCUAGAAAACGAGAAUUUCUAGUGGAUGGGAAGGAUAUUUACGAUGUCCUAGAUGAUUGCAGUGGUACAAAAAAGGUCUUAGGUAUAUCACUGGAUAUAGAUGAGAUUGAUGAGUUGCAUCUACAUGUAGACGCCUUCAAAGGAAUGCGUAAUCUCCGUUUUCUAAAACUUUACACAAAUACAAAAAUAUCAGAAAAAGAAGACAAAUUGCUCUUACCCAAAGAAUUCAACUAUUUACCCAAUACACUCAGAUUACUAAGUUGGCAAAGGUUUCCAAUGAGAUGUAUGCCUUCUGAAUUUUUUCCUAAAUAUCUUGUUAAACUUAUAAUGACGGGGAGCAAGCUCGAGAAGUUGUGGGAAGGAGUGAUGGUAAGUUGUUAUAUUAGUUGCAAAAUUAAGAAUCCUCUCAAUGUACUCAUACUUUGCUUUUGUUUCUUGAUUUUGGUUCAGCCACUUCAAUGCCUCAAGACUAUCAAUUUGUUUGGAUCUCAAAACCUGAAAGAGUUCCCAGAUCUCUCGCUAGCAACAAGUCUAGAGACGUUGUCUCUUGGCUAUUGCUUGAGUUUGGUUGAGGUUCCUUCCACUAUUGGGAAUCUCAAUAAACUUACGUAUUUGAACAUGUUAGGGUGCCAUAAUUUGGAGACUCUUCCUGCUGAUAUUAACCUCAAAUCUCUCUCUCACCUCAUUCUCAAUGGAUGCUCACGUUUGAAGAUUUUUCCUGCCUUAUCCACCAACAUCUCAGAGCUAACCCUAAAUCUAUUAGCAGUUGAGAAAUUCCCAUCUAACUUGCAUCUAGAGAAUCUUGUUUAUCUUAUAAUUCAGGGAAUGACGAGUGUGAAAUUGUGGGAUGGCGUGAAGGUACUUACAUCUCUUAAAACUAUGGAUUUGCGAGAUUCUAAAAACCUGAAAGAAAUCCCAGAUCUUUCAAUGGCAUCCAAUCUGUUGAUAUUGAAUCUUAGAGAAUGUUUAAGUUUGGUGGAGCUUCCUUCCACUAUUAGGAACCUCCAUAAUUUGGCCGAGUUGGACAUGUCAGGAUGCACAAAUCUGGAGACUUUUCCAAACGACGUCAACCUUCAAUCUCUCAAACGCAUCAAUCUAGCUAGAUGCUCACGGUUAAAGAUUUUUCCGGAUAUCUCAACCAACAUCUCAGAGCUUGAUCUAAGCCAAACAGCGAUUGAAGAAGUUCCUUGGUGGAUCGAGAACUUCUCUAAGCUCGAAUACCUAUUAAUGGGAAAAUGUGACAUGUUAGAACAUGUAUUCCUAAACAUUUCUAAACUAAAACAUCUCAAGAGUGUUGACUUUUCAGAUUGUGGAAGAUUGACUAAAGCUAGAUGGAAUGACUAUUUAAGUCCGGUCGGAACCGAAGAAGACUUAUAUAAGCUACAAGUUCCUGAUGAGGCUUCCUCUUCUCUUCCAAAUAAUUGUGUCCAACAAGUUGAGCUCAUAUUCAUCAACUGCUACAAGCUGAAUCAAGAAGCUCUCAUUAGACAACAAUUACUUUUCAAGAAAAUGAUCUUGCUAGGUGAGGAAGUGCCUUUGUAUUUCACUCACCGAACUAUCGGUAGCUCCAUGGUCAUCCCUCUCCUUGACACAUCAUUCUCUCAACAAUGCUUCAGAUUUAAGGCGUGUGCCGUGGUUGAUCCAAAUUUUUUGUUCCCAGCUCGUCGUUAUAAGAUAAAUAUCCAGGUUUGUUGUCGGUUAAGAGGCACAUGUGGGAACUACUUUGAUUAUACUGAUCAGCCACAUCGCUUCUCAGCAUCUAAGACGGACAAUUAUGUGUACAUAUUCGACUGUUGUUUCCCGCUUAAAGAAGUCAAUGCUCCUCUAGCUGAACUCGACUAUGAUCACGUGGAUAUACAAUUUCAUCUUUACGAUAACUACAAGCACCACAAACUAAAAGGAUGUGGUAUACGACUCUUUGAGGACGAUGAAAUUAGCAGUGAUGAUGAUGAUCCAAGCAAUGAGACUGAUUACAGUGAUGAGUAUGAAGAAACCGAUGAUAGUGAUCUAGGAAAUGAGACUGAUUAUAGUGAAGAGUAUGAAGACCGCGAUAGUAGUUAUCUUGGAAUUGAAACUGAUUACAGUGAAGAGUAUGAAGAUCAUGAUAGUAGUGAUCUUGGCGAUGAGUAUGAUUACAGUGAAGAAUGUGAAGACAACGAAGAUAAUGAUCCUGGACUUGAGACUGAUCGCAGUGAAGAGUGUCAAGACAGCGAGAGAAGUAGUAAACGAAUGCGGAUUAUGUAAAAUACAACUUAAGAACCUACAGAUUUGCUCUGCAGCAGCGGAACAAAGGAAAUGAGAAGCAUCCAAGGAUGAACUAUGAGAGUCCAGAGGAUUAAGCAAAACGAAACAGAGCACUCUUUUUUUACGUGUAGUUUUCUUCUGAUGAAUACUUUCAAAUCAUGAUAGCAUAGAGGAUGUGAAAAAUGUUACGUGCCAAUGAAACAAUAAAAAAUUUGUAAAAUGCGAAUUGUCACAUGUUUUAGCUCCCAGA